UCAAUCUCGUGUCAAAUUAACACCGCUCCUAACAGUUUCAACAGAUUAAAAAUCUUUUUCUCGUCUAAUUCGUUUCCAUUUUUUGGCAUUUAUUUAACUGAUUGAAAAGCGUGGUCAUGAAUCAUUCCACCGGAAACACCGGAAAGCCAAUGAUGGGGGUCCAAGCAAUAAUCCAACAAAACACAGCCCAUGCUAAUAAUGGAGCCAACAUGAUCAACAAUAAUUUAUCUCAGAACUUUCCAAACAGGGAAUUAAUUGCUACGAAAUCUCCCGUGGUCAUUACGACCCCUCCUUCGCCGCUUGUCCCGGUGAAACAUCUUCCCUCAGUCUCCUCAACCUCAAGUAGUGCGACAAAUGCAGCUCCGACAUCAAAAACUACCACUACUGCUCGUACUGCGGAAUCAACUCCAACAAUUGUGACGACCACCAAAAUCUCUGCUGCCCGUUCUGAGGGCUCUUCUGAUACACCAAAACCUAUCCAAGGCGCACAAGCUGCACCAUCUCCAAACGUGUCAAAAGCAGAGGGGCCACCAAGUAAGAGCUCGUCUUCUCCUGGCAAUUCAUCAGUAUUUCAAUUCUGUUCGACAACUUCGACUGAAAAACCCACGGGGCUGGACGGUAUCUCACACAAUGUGGCUUCGGACGCCAAGAAAGUGGCGGUAACCCCUCCCACUGCAGCGGCAGGAACUGCACCCACUAACUUGCCUGGAACUGGAAGUGCUGCAUUCCCACCCUCAGCAGGGUCGGGAAUUCGAGGAGGAAGAGGAAAUAAUUCACAAGAUAUCAACUCAAGUCCAUCAGCAUCACCAGCGAACAAGGCAACACAAUCUCACAGCAGUGGAUUAAAAUCGGAGAAAGCCCAGCCGCCUAUCCCCAUAACUACAAGUACUGUGUCGUCCACCUCCGCAACCGGUUUUGGAGCUAGUGCUAAUUUGCAAACGAGUGGAUCUGCUAAUAACAAUCAGAUAAGCUGCUCAUCAUCCGUGACCGGAACAGCCGGAACUCGACCUGGUGGUUCUGGAAGUAGUGUAACUGCCCAGACUAUUGGAAACCUCUCAAAGGCAAAUUCAGCUUCAGCAGGUGUGGUAACACCCACGCCAGUAGUACUGCCCAGCAAUUUUAAGAACAUGGAUUUUCAACAAAAUGGAGCAAAAAAGGAGACAGGAGAGGAUGCAAAUUCGAACAACUCCACGCUGAUUCCAGCCAAGGGAUGCAGUUCUGCAGAAUCAAAUGGAAAUUGCAGUGCCAGUUCUGACUUGGAGAGCGAAUCUCCUCGCUCGAGACCUACGACUGCAAUUUCCGGUGAUGGUAAGCCGGCGCCGGAUCGUAUCUCUUUUGGGGACGAAGUUGGUGACGAUGUGAGACUCGUUGUGACACUGCUUGAGAAUUCAGGGCUAUGUGGUCCGUUGGCAACAUCAAAUUCAAGCCGCCCAGGAACCGCAGGAAGUGAUACUGUCCCACCCGCAAGGCCAAGUACGGCCGAGAAGCCAUUCAAUUUGGCUACGAUGCAAGAUGUGAUGAAAGAGGAAAAGGAAAAUCCAAAACUGAUCAAAAGCAGCCCUGUCGCAAAGGUCAAAAAUGGCGAAGACGUGAAAGAUAGUCCUAAGGCACCAACCACAACAACGAAAACUCGACCUCCAAGUGGAACGGGACGAACUCGCCCCAGUACUGGAACCAGUAGCGUCGGAGCGUCCCCCAGCAGCCGAACAGAGAAGAAAAACAAGGAAACUCCGAAGAAGGAAGUAACGGGAUCGGGGAAAUUACCAAGAGAACCGAAUUUGUCCCGAAUUGGCCGAGUGAGCACUCCUUGUGCUGCGUCAGAUGCUACCACACCAACAACAUCAACACCACUUGCAGAAAACAACAAGUCUCCAAGAACUCCGAGAAGCACAAGUGGAAGUCGAGACUUGAACACUAGGCCCAAAAGUGCUCUACCUACUUGCGCCACACCAAGAAGUCGGCCCUCCUCCACGUUGUAUCAACAUACUGCAAGCUCUGCUCAAAAAGGGAUCCAGUCCCCUCCUGCUUCAAAUUUAAAUUCAUCUGGGUCUGCUGUGAAGGAUACUGCUGCUCCGACUCCCAAGGGCGGUUCAAGUUCAAGGCCGAGACCACGAACUUCUGGAGCUAAGAUGGGCGAUUCAACAGCAGGAGCAGCCGGUGACGCUAAGCCAGCUACAUUGAACGAUCAAUUUGCAAUUUUCAGCCGUUUUGGUGAUACUGCAUCGGAUGGCAAACAUAUCACCUUGAGCAAUAGCGAUAAAUGGAUGAAACAGGCGAAAGUUGUGGAUGGAAAGAAAAUUACGACUACGGACACUUCAAUUUGCUUUAAAAAACUGUUCAAGACCACCAAGAAAGUACCGAUAGAGGACUUCAAAAAGUACAUUGAGGAACUCGCAAAGUCCAAGAAGAUUGAACCCCAGGAACUACUUGACAAGUUGACCAAUUGUGGAUCACCAAGUCUUUCAACAGCAACAAAAGCUGCCCAUGCAAACGUUGUAGAUCGGCUCACGGACAGCUCGAAAUACACCGGGUCGCACAAGGAGAGAUUUGACGCCAGUGGGAAAGGGAAGGGGAUUGAAGGGCGACGAGAUGUUGCAGACAGCUCGGGAUAUGUCGCUUCCUUCAAAACUAAACUGGAUUUGAACAAGGAUUCUCCAGUGAAAGGUGGGUCACCAAGUCCGACUCCAGUGGCACCCAAGGAAUCUUCGCCUGCACCGGCAAAGUAAAGAAAUACGAAGAAUAACCAUCCAAAAUUAAUUCAACACUAGCUAGAAUGCAAAUUAAUUAGUUCAACGAUUAUCUAGAAACUAGAAAUGUGUAAGAUGUAUUACAUUAUAGGCUACAAUGUACAUAUGCAUGCCAUAUAUUCAGUCCCUUUGCUAACUAUUUGCAUAUAAAAUUAGCUUUGUAAAUAACAACUCGCUGAUGAUGUCAUGAAGUUGACUUGAAUUUAAAAGUUGAUUGAAAAAAUAGAAUGCAAUUAAUUAUAUUAUAUUUACCACAUUUGUUGGAACCAAGUCCUCGACUUUAGAAGUAGUAUAUUUAUAUAGCUAUUUAAAUGUGUGGGUAAUAUGAAUACCAAUUACCACUCACCCACCCGUACUACAUUAUAUAAUUGAGCCAUUUCUCGAUUGCUUUUUGGCGUAAAUUUACUCAUUCUGUUCAGUAUUGGAUAUGUCGAUAUUCCUUUUUGUUUUACGGAUUUAAAUUGAUUUAUGAUACGUCUUACUUGAUAAAUUAAACUCAAUAUUUUGAUGUGUGUAGUAUGUAAUAUUGACCAUGCAUGGUCUUCGUAAAUACUUAGCUUGCGCUAGACCAUCACAGAAUAUGCCUAAGGAGAGUGCCACACAUUUUAUUAUUUGAUAAUACAAGAAAUGUAUUUUAUUUAGAGUUGGCCGAGUGAGUCAAGUUCCAAAUGAAUCAUGUGCAUUCGCUUAAAUUAGCUUGUUAAUAAGUACACAAUCACACAACCGAAUCAGUGAAGCAAGAGAGAUUUGCCAGAGGAACGCUACAUGGAGGUGCCAUACUUGUGAACAUAAUAAAUAUAUCGUUGGGUGCAUCUUGUCUUGAAUACAUUUUUAAUUACCUGAAAAAGAGUUCCAAAUGUAAUUCCUACAUGAGCUGUGUGUAGCAUGGGAACUUCUUCCAUAUUUUACUUUACAAUCAAACGGUAUUAUUUCCACUAGAUAUAAAUUAAUUCGGAAUAGAUCUUUUUUUAAUUAAGCGUAAAAUUGUCAUCAAAACCAAGCAUUUCAUGAAAUUUGAGAUAAUCAUUAGUAAUACAGAUUAUUAAUAAUUAGACAAGUCAAGAAAUUGUUACCAUUUCAAGCACACAACAAAUCAAAAUUGAAACUGCGAAUUGUUUGCUGAACACUGUUUGCUGCUAUUUAAAUAACUAUUAGAAUAUGCGCUGCUUUUGUUAUGUUAUAAGUAUGUCUCAUACAUAAUUGUUAGUUUUCCAUUUGUAAAAUGAUUUGCUGAUCCGAAAUAAAUCAUAAAGAAAAUGUCUACAAAA